AUAUUCAUAUAAGUAGUGACAGAUUUCAUAUUGUUCUUUCACACGUUAUAUGUUACUUGAUAAAAAUUUAAAUAUCUGAUUUUAUAAUAAUUAAUAUAGCAAAAUUAAAUACAAAAUUAACAAAAAAUAAUAUAUUCUAAUUUAUGUGCAUCUAAAGAUUUAAAUAUAAAAUAAAAAAAGAUAUAAAAAAUUCAUUCGAAAAUUUAUUAAAGGUUAGAAAAAUAAGAUAUUAAGAAUCUAAAAAUGAUACAAUCAAGUAAGACACGUGGAUAACCUCAAUUUUAAUAUUUUUGUUGAGUAUAAAGUUUGUUUUGUAUCUUAAUAUCUGUCAUAAUUUAAAAAAUGUUUUAAAUAAUAAUUAUUUCAAGAUUAUUAUAAAUUCAAUGAAUAUGAAUUAUAAUUAUUUUACUCAAUUUCAAAAAUACAAAUUUACUUUAAAAUUAAUAAAUCCUAUUUAUAAUGUUUUAAAUAAGACAAAAAAUUUUAAAAUACCAGAAAAACUUAAAGGAACAUUUCUUGAACGAUGGGGAAUAUAUUGGAAGAAUCUUUAUAUAGAUUACAAAGAAUCAGCAUUAGGUGCUACUAAAGAUUGUAAGGAACAUCCUAUAAGAACAUCUAUAUAUUUUUCUCUUCUAGCAUCCUGUGUAUAUCUAUAUAGACAUAAUCCAGAUGAAUGUACUUUUAAGGAAAAUUUAUUACAAAAUACCAUGAAAAUAAUGCAAGUAGGAGAAGCUAUACGUAAUCCAAUAUCUGAACAUUAUGUAAAAUGGUUAGGGCAAUGUUAUAAUGAAGGCAUUGUGCGACGGAUGAAUUUAGGUAUAAUUUCUCUAAUUUGGUUAGAUGACUACGAUAAUAUGUGUUCUUUAUAUAAAACUGUUUGUCCUUAUUUAAAAAUACAAUAUCUAACAUUUCAUAAAAGAGUGAUAGAUUUUGGACUUUUAGAUAAAUGGUGGAUCUUAGAAAAUAAAAUGAAGGAUUAUGAUGUAAAUGAAACAGAAUUUAGUAAUGUAAAUUAUAAAUAAAAUAAAUAAUUUAAAA